AUGACCGAAGCAGGAAUUGAACCUACGACCGUGUGGAAUCCGAAUUACCCGAUAGGAAUCGCUACAAUACAAGGCGACACUGCGGCCAUCCGUCUGAGUGGCUCAAGAAAAGCAUGGCAUUUCGCGCGGCGUCUCAGACCUUCUCAUGGCAUUUCCUACACGGGCAUGACAAACAGAUUGAUACCUCCGUCGUUCUCUGAUUCGCCUGUAGUGAAGAAGAACAAUAAGCAGGAGCGGGAGUUGUUGAAAGAAUAUCGAGAGUUGCUCGGGUUAACGUCGUCUUUUGCACGCGAGGAGGAAAGGUCGCGAUUCAUCUCCCAGGCCACUUCGUACUUUGAUCCUCGGAUAUCUUCACUGUUUGAAUUUGGAAAUGCUCGGCUUUCAGAGACUGUUCGCUGGAAAGUUCGCCUUCGAAUCGUUCCUAUCGCUGCUUUAGCGACAGGAGAAAACGGAAAUGUGCUCUCAUUUUGUGCAAUUGACGAUGAACCGAUAUAUGGGCGCUACGAGGAUGGAUCAAAUUUUCGUGUGCCUACGAUAAGUACUUCGAAUACGGUUGAUUGGGUUUGUGGUGAAGCACCUAUCAAACAAAUCAGAUUUGCAGAAAGCUUCGAAGAGUCUGAAUGUCUUUUCGCUGUUCGACUUCAGUCCCGCACAUCCAUUUUUCGACCAAUUUAUUAUCAGGAGCCUUUGGUCAUAAAUCCUCCCCAAACGGCCGAAGGCACGCAUUCCAAGGCCCAGUUGGCUCACAUAGACCCCAAUUUAAUGACUGAAAUCGAUGUUUCUCAGACCGGUGGGUAUACCCAUGUCGAUGUGGCUUUCAAUCCUUGGUAUCAGAAACAAUUUGCAGUCAUUGAUGAUCGUGGAAAUUGGAGUGUCUGGCUGUUGCAUAAUUUUGUUAAACACCGUGAGGGCGUUACCCCCGAACGGCAGCAUUCUGGUUCUUUGCCCUCUUCCGACAUCACUCAUCACGAUGACACGGCUCAGAUACCACACGAUGGCUGGGGAAUAAUCCAGUGGACAGGCAAUAUGUAUACGUUUAUUGCCUGUAGUCGACGCAUUGCUAUGCUUUAUGUUCUCGAAGAUGCCACCCCUGUACCUUACGAUAUCAAGAUGAACUGGCAAUCUUCAACUGAAUGGAUAUUAGAUGUGAAAACUUCUUUGCGGAAGCCUUCUCACGUCUUUAUUCUCACCACGCUGCGGAUUUUAUGCUUCGAUAUUAGUUCGCGUGACCACGAAUCUUCGUUUCUUCUGCCACAAUUCUCACGGCAACACGAUCGCGACGCAGACGAUCUUACAUUGCGAUUUACCUCCCUUUCCCUUGGUCAAGCCUUUCAAGUCCUAAUUGACGAUUCUGACGAUUCCAACUCCUCCAUGUCGGAUCCAUUCCGUGUUUAUGUCCCUGGCAUUGCUGACACUAAUGGGUUGGACACAAUUCGAUACGACUUUCCUAUCAGACAAAUUCAACUCAAGGAACUCGAACAAACCCCUUACAGUCUCCGCGAGAAGUUCACCCCACGCGAGAGUUUCAUGAAGCUUUUUGUACUUGACAGUGCGCUGGCCGUUCACCAAUACAUAUUUUCAAAGCCUUAUGAUCCUUCUUCAUUGGAUGGAGAGAAAGCAAUCAAUCGCGAGAUAAUGUCGUUUGGGAAAGCACUUGAGCUUUUUCGCAGAAGGGAAGGACAUACCGCGAUGCGUACAAUAUUCAAUGAUGAAUCAGACAAAGCAGCAUCAAGAAAAAGUCGAAGCAAGACGAGGACGAAUUCCCAACUAACUGUAGAUCUGAACAAGAUCUAUGCGUUACUUUGUACCGGUGAUACAAGAUACGUGAAAAAGUCCUUGGUCGCGGCCCUUGAGUUCCAGAGCUUUAGGGAAUAUGUUGAGCAUUUGGUAACAGCUGUAUCUACUUCUGUCGAAGAUGGGCCUCCGUAUAUGCAAACUAUGCUAGAGGCUAUAAAGAACCCGCCUACCUCUUCCGACAUCGAUGACAUUAUCCAGUGGCUCGAAUGGUUUAGAUCUAAAUUUGCACCCGUCAAUAUAUCUACAGAAAUUACUUUGUGUUUUCUACCUCUUCAGAUCUCAGCCAAUCCUUUACAAGGGAAGACAAGAGUCAUCCGCUCGCUGCAGCCUUUGGAUCUGCUGGGGCUUUACAACAAACUCGUGGGCGACUGGUUAUCUCCCCUAGAUGGAAGUAUACCCAGUUGGACGCGGAUUUUCAAGGAAAAGUUGAUCCGACAAGUAUCUAUUGACUUGUCUCUGGCAAGUAUCAUACAAGUAGACGUCUCGGGUUCUGACGGUGACACCGUGGCUUCGUCGCAAAUUUCAUUUCCCCAGCGGGAAAGCUCGGUGAAAGACCAAGCAGAUACUCCAAAUACAAUGACAGAACAAGCUGAUGAUCACGAUAUGUUGGAGCUCAAGACCGUUUCCCCGCCAAUCAUGGAUGUUCCUGCAACCGGUGCGGCGCAUGAAGUCCUGUCCCAUUGGGUCAUUGGGGGUAAUCCCGAAUCUUUUGACUGGGUGAGUGUUUUUACGAUGGAUACAGGCGAGAAGGACAGCCGGCCUAGGUUGAAAUCGCGAACGCGAACACGCUCACGAUCUAGGGCUCCUAGCGAAGGCCUCAAAGUUCUACGGAGUUCACCAGUUGCACCGACAGUGGCGUACCCUGGCAGCCAGCCACAGCAGAGCUUUUCCAGGCUGCCCCUUCCAAGUAGCCAAAUAAGCGAGGACAUGCUGCCCAUGACCCAGAUCGAACGGGGUCUGUUUGGCAGCAGAGAAGCUGGGAAAAAGAGCAACGCGAAGGCGAGGAAGAAGAAGAGGGCGGCAGGGUUUUGA